UGACUGUCGAACAUCUGGGACACAAUUUUGCGCCACGUGAGGCACCAUGAUUGACAAGCAGAUCUAGCUAGAUCGACUCGUGGUGACUCAGCUUGGUGUCAGUUUCACUCUCAUCAGUCCUCAGCCAGCAGAUCAUUAUGGUCAAUGACCUUCCGCUGACAGGCCACCUUGAAGCAAAUCACAUCCCCGUCGAGCCUUUCUCGUCUUUGCCCAGACUUCGCAUUUCACCUCAUGGCCUACCCUAUAUUCAGCUCCCGGCGCCUUGCGAAGAGUAUUGUCUGACAAACUACCUGGCGACUCCUGAGGGUGUCCAGCAUGAUGCAGAAACUGAAGCUCAAAUACUGCGAGACACACCAGUCUCCAAGACCUUGGCUACAUUUUUGUCCGGCGGAACGGUCACAGUCGACAGUGUCAAGCAGAGCAUCGAAAAGUACCAGCAGGAGCGAAUAGGAUGGUGUAUGCCAGUCAUUCGACUGACUGCCGAGGCACAAGCGGAUCCUAUGCCAGCUCUGCUCGGCGUCACGUUGUUAAAGCGAGCGACCCACGCCGAAGGUGGAAAACAAUACCGUCAGAUCCGACAACGCGAAGACGAGGGCAAGAGCGAUCGCGAGGUAGGAUGGUCAAUCUCAUGCUGGCUACAUCCCGCACACCAGGGCAAGGGUAUCACCACUGCUGCUUAUCGAUACUGUAUCAAGGAGUGGUUUCUGCCUUAUAUCUAUACCUAUCCCGGACAAUUGAGGUCCGGUUUCCUCGCGGUCAAUACAGCGUCCGAAGCCUUCCAGAAAAAACUUGGAUUCAAAACUGUUGCCAAGUCGUAUUGGCUCGUGGAGACGAGGAUGAACAAUGGACUGGAAGUCGGAGACGAUAAAGAAAAAUGGAAGUCUGGAUGUGGAUUGUGGCAGGGAUUUAAUGGUGAAUACCCGAUCAGGAAAGAGGACAGCGAUUAUAGGCACUUUGACGACUGGGACUGAUCGAAGCAGCGGAAAGGGUUUCUUGUCAACUUGGACAAGGAGCUCUCAACCCGACACCUCCGUGACAAUCCUAGAGGAAUGCUCUGCACCUGUACGGUCGUGUCAAUAUUGGCCGGUUCUACCGAGUCUACAAUCCCAGACUGACAUAUCAAUAG